CUUUUUUCAUCAAUUGGCUUGGCAGUAUUUUUUUAAAUGUCGAUAAUUCCACAACGGUAGUGUCCCUAUGAAACCAAACUUGAGAGCUUGGUUUUAUACAAUAAAGGACCUUUUUAGUCAACUUAGAGAUGAUGAAAAGUGAAAGAAUAAAAAAUUAGAAGCAAACAGCUUUGUAGUUUUGGAAGUCAAGCAUUUGGAUUCGUUGAAAAUUCUAGCAACUCGUACUCGUCUGGCAAACAGAAAACUUUCAAUGACAAGUCAAGGGUUUAUCAUCAAUUUUGAAUCUUUAUGAUAGAAAAAAAAAUUAAACAGAAACAUAAGAGUAUGCUUCUUAAACCGCUUUUUCUUGCAGUGAUUUUUGCGAAUACCAGUAACCAUGCUACCGCACUCAUUACGUUCGCAUCUUUUGUGAAAUGUUCGUUGGGAAAGCAAGGCAGAGUACGAAACAUCUUCAUACAACUUCAGAAAGAGAAAAUUACAUUACGAAUGUAAGGAGAGAGGAAAGGAAUCUAUAGAAUACAACUAGUGAACAUAUCUAAAUACGCCAGCAAGAAUACCGGAUUCGCAUACCUGGGUCCAAAAGCUGUUUCGCAGCAGACAGAAAAGUAAAAGAAUUAACAUUUCAUCAAAAUUUUACAUAUCUAAAAGAUUCUAUUCCCGCUACAGUUGAUUAGUUUGGGAAUGUUCACUUGGAUGGGAAUUCGUUCAUCAUUAGUAUCACAGAAUGUAAAAUUGAUGAAUCCUUUAGCCCGAGGAUCAUCUCGCUAUUUCAAUACCAAAUUUUUCUCUUCCAACGCUUCCAAACAAACCACCAGCAAACGUUUCAUAUGGGGCAAAAGACUAGUCUUGUUGGGAAGUCUUGGGGCUGGAGUUUACAUAUGGGAUAGCUACUUUAAUGCCCAAGCUUUAACUAGGAGUAUUCGGACUGUGUAUACAGCUACCAUUAUUGCAGCGGAUUACAAAAUCAACUUCAAUGCAGAAAGAGCUGAUCGAAUUGAGGCUUUACAUGAGCGGGUUGCUCAUCGCUUGGUCAAUAUGGUUUCCAAAAAUGGCGGUCUUUAUAUAAAAAUGGGACAAAUAGUUGCGAUGCAAUCGGCCAACCUUCCUCCUGUCUAUGGACAGGCUUUCAAAGGAAUGUUUGACGAUGCUCCACAAGUAGGAUGGGAUGAAGUAUCUGAGAUCAUAAAAACCCAGUAUAACAGGCCCGCAGAAGAAGUUUUUGCUAGCAUUGAAAAAACAGCUUCAGCAAGUGCUAGUAUAGCCCAAGUACAUGAAGCGACGCUUUGGUCAGGAGAAAAAGUGGCCGUCAAGGUACAAAAGCCAUCGGUUUCUAAGCAAAUGAACUGGGACUUGUUGGUUUACAAAUGUAUGAUGUAUGUUUAUGAUAAAUGGAUUUUUCACAUUCCCUUAUAUUUCACGGUGGAUUAUGUCUCAGAAAGACUUCGGUCAGAGAUAAAUUUCGUUGUUGAAGCCGAAGCGACACGGUCAAGCCGUGAUGCAAUUAAUAGCACAAAUUUUUUGAAGGGAAAUGUUUAUGUUCCAAAAGUAUAUGAUGAAUUGUCUGGAGAAAAGAUUAUGGUUACGGAGUGGAUCGAUGGAAUUCCCCUUUAUAACCAAGAAGCAUUGUCCAAUGCUGGUUUAAGUAAAAAGCAAAUCCUUGGUAGCUUAUUCCAUUUCCUUUCUUUUCAAAUGUUUUCUACAAAGCAAGUGCAUUGCGAUCCUCAUCCCGGCAAUAUAGUGGUGCGCAAAGUAGGCCGUCAGCCCCAGGUAGUCAUUUUAGAUCAUGGAUUGUAUGUUCACGAAUCGGAAUCUUUUAGGAAAAGUUUUGCUCUAUUAUUUAGUGCUGUUUAUGAUUUUGAUAGAUCGGCUAUAAUGGAAGUCAUGCAUUCCUGGGGUGUUACUGAACCCGAUGUUUUUGCAAAUCGAAUGUUAAAUAUCCCUGUUGAUGGUGAUUUGGGGGGAAAUUCGGAAUCAAAAUCUCAAGAAGAAUUGUUUCAAGAGCAGCUUAGCCAAAGAGCUAGGUUUGUGAGCUUUUUGAAUGAUUGUCAACGUUUGCCUCAGGAAUUAUUAAUGCUGGGUCGCUGUAUCAUGCUUAUUCAAAAGAACAAUCAGAUGUUUGGGUAUCCCGUAAAUAGUCUAGCAAUAAUGGGUGAUGUUGCUAGUCGAUAUGUGGAGAACAAAUCUUCGCCUCGUUGGUACCAAAGACUAUAUUCAUCUGUAUAUUGGUUUUUCCAGCACAUAUUUUUCCCUGGGGACUUUCGAGUGCCAGAGGUUACCGAAUAAGAAAUCUUACAUAUGAAUGUUUCAGCACGGGACAGUGAACUCCUUGCAUUAAGAAGUACUUUUUUCCUUGUACUAUUAUUUAGAGUAGGGAUUAUGACUAGUAUGAAUGAAUUCACACACACAGCUAUCAAUAAAUGAAUUUCUCACGCA